AUGGCAACGCUAGCAAAGUCCAGACUUCGAAAUGAAAUCGCAGGCGAUUCAACACAACCGCGACUGGAUAUCAAUAUUCCUGCACCUUUCCCAGUGGAACUACACCAACGCCUUACUCGAGAAGCGGAGCGCACAAUUGCAAGGGAACUACCGUCGGUUCGAAGCGCAGGGGCUGAUAUUGGAACACGGCCUGCGGAGGUCAAUGAGGUCAGUUUGAUAGAUGUAGAGGAGGGUUCAUCGUCUACGGCGUUGAGAUCCGGUGCGCAGCAAGAACUCAUGCCCUCCAUAGGCUAUGUGCAAAGGUCCUGCAUUACGACUCUCAAUGACUUGCUAUCAGAAUCUAUGCGCUGGAGCCCAAUUCUUCCUGACCGUCGACACUCAAUGCCAUCAACGCCCCAAUCACCUGUUGAUUCAGAACCAUCAGCAAUAGCUGCCCUUCACACCCUAGUCUCCAACCUACGGAACUGCGAUGAUGCUAUGGUUGAGGUUCACAAUCAGGAAGAAGAUCUCAUCAAUGAGCUAUGCGCGCGAGUUGAAAUCCUUGCACCCAGCCUUCCGCUGGCAGAUGCUCAGUUGGCUCAAUCGCUCGUUUCCCUGCUGUCCAAUUUCCACAGGCUAUCUAGAAUGCAGACCGGAGGUCACACUAUACGACCGUCGAGCAUCCUCAUGUCACAUCAGUCGACCUCCAAUCCGUUCGACGCACUGAGACGGCAGCUCAGUGACUUCCAGGUCGAACGUCUAUCUUCGUCACACAAUGAUGUGUGGGCACCUCGGUCUGGAGUAUCACCCGUGACAGCCGUUGAAUCCUCGCUUCUGUGGACCAGAAUCGAUGAAGAGCUCGAAAAUGUUCUAGCCAUGUGCAAGGAGCGAACUGACGCAGCCGACCAUCACCUGCCGCCAAGAUACUCCUACGCUGAAGAUGAGCAUGACAGGCCACCCGAUUAUGAUCACGAAGCAUUCGUGGAUGACAUCAAAACACGGCAUUCUCCCGAAAUGUUAACGUCGGGUGUCCACGACAAGUCAAGAUUGCUGGACGAGAAGAUGCGUCUCGACCUAGAGUCAGUCACAAUGGCCAUCGAUCGGCUGUAUUUAGUGGCUCCGCAACUGCAUAAUCAACGCGUUGAAUUAAAGUCGUCGAAAGUCAAGCAAUUGGAACUGGCCAAGCAAGCCGGCCUGAAGAAUAGCAGCUCUGAUCAGCUCGCCUCAGCUCCGUCCUUGUCUAGAAUCGCUAGAGGAAAGCAGAAGGUAGACACAUCCCGAGAGGUGAAGGACCUGGAAAACAUGCUAGACCUCCUUGGUAAAGCUUCAAGCCGGACGAUGAAAGAUCAGUCAUUCGUACUUGGCAGAGGGUCUGCUUCGCCAAUGGAGAAGGCUAAGCAGCGCGAUACAGCUAAGAGAGAAGCCUUCGUCGAGCACCUCGCCCAGCACUCAGACGCUGGUCGUCUCCACACCCAAGACGCGGAACUCCACGAUUACCCCCGUCUUAAAGAUCCCAACGCUCUUCUCUCUCUUCCUGAAUUUAUUCGUGAAUCAAUCCCAGAGACAUCUCUCUCUCGAGAUGAAGAUAUGGACGCGUUGCUGUCGCUCCCUGAAUUCGUAAAGGAAUUACCCCCACCACGAGUGCUGAUGAAGAGCUCUCAAUCACCCCCGCCCGCACCUUCGUCGCCAUUGAGGAAAAAGAGGCAUAGGGUGAGAAGCUUGUCCGCACCAAGUAUCUCAUGGUUGAAGUCGUCGAAAGACAUGAAGUCUUCGAAGUCCAUGAGCCCUGUGACUGAAUCCCCAACUCGCAAUCUCGAAGUCAAUUAUGUUGCCGAGAACCACGAAUCUCUCCACCGCAUUCUUGUCUUUCUUAUGGUGUCCGGGGCAGUGCCUGGCGUGGAUCUGGAGGCCGAGGUUCUUCCCUCCUUCAGUGAUUCCUCUAGUUCCUCCAACUCCUCGGGCGUCGAUACCAAUCAGGGGGACCGUCUCAUUAUCAAGAGUGGAGUGCACGUUUCUCUUCCCGUGAGCCUUCCUGGACGAACGACACCCGGUAAGAAGGAAAUCAAGGUUCAAGGCGAACACUACGAGAUCAAGCUAUCGACGAUUUCACCGAACACAAGCACGCAAGAUGCCCCGCCUCUCCUUGACGCUGCUCAACUUAAUUCCGCAGUGCCUACAUCCUUUAUUUGCUCGUCAUGUUCCCUACCCAUCGUGCAAACAACCUCUCCAUCCCGUUCCUCGUCAUCUUCAACCCUCCUUUCAUAUCGAGAUCUACCUUCCGAGCACUGGCAAGAACUCGUCGAUGCAUGGAUGUGUCAUGGUGACCAGAAGCUCACUGAGCAAGUAUCCAAGCACGCUCAAGCAGAGAGGGGCGGCUUCUGGCCACGACCCGGUCAGGCAUUGGUUGGUGGAAGUUAUAUCCUAUUCAGAGAGGAUACAAUUGUGACGGGCAAUGUGCAUCCUCCCCAAGAAACGGCGGUCGACGACGAUGUAUGGGGGGUGGUGAGAUGCUUGUGCGGGGCAGUAGUUGGAAGAUCGCAGGUCCUUCGUCAGCAAGACGAUACUAGUGGCGGAAGUCCUCCCGAUGUAUCUUCGACCAGAUCAGUGUAUAGACUUCUCAAAUACGCGAUCCGACCUGUGAGCCAAACAGCUGAACCGUUACGGAUACCCUUAUCUGCUUUCAUCGUGGAAGACAUGAACGAAUUCGUCCAGGCGCAUGCGACGCACAGAUUCAUAAUCCUGGAUGAGGAAGAAGAAAAGCCCCGUAUACUCGUCUGGUUAUUCAAGCCUGAUCUUCGUCUGGCUUACAAGACAUCUCGAUCCUAUGCUAUCCCCCCAAGUUCGUCCAUUCGGGCUGCGAAAGUUUUAUAUAAAACAAUAGGGCCCUCCGAGUCGUCCGCGGACCUGAAAUCUAUCGUGAACAAAUAUCCUGGUUUCCCUCAGGCGGAAUAUCUCUACUAUCCCAUGAACAUCUGCCGCCGCUUAGCGAGCUUGCUCGUCGAAAGCAAUAGAAGCUACCCAGAGAGUAUGCGGACGAUGACCGGUUUGGAUGUUGGAUGGCUUCGCAAAGUUUGA